AUGGCAUCCUGGGAGCAAGAUGGCCAGGGGAUUAGAAUUGGUGAGAUCUCGGAUAAGCUAGAGAUGCAGCCUCAGCGAAUAAGGCACUGCCCUUGGGGUCCAGAGCUCAUCGCUCUGUGGCAGUCCGGGGGUUCGUCAUCCAACUUCAGCAGUCGAGCUCUCCGUGGCCACAGGGCGCUCCCGGAGGGGUCCGAGUCUAGCAGCCAGACGCGAUGGCUGUCUCACUGGAGGGACCAAACGGGCCGCGGGCACGCGCUCACCCGCGGGGUCCCGGAUGCGCAUCCUGACGCGGGCGGCUGCCGCCCGAGAGGCGUCAAGCCCAGUCACAGGAGCGCGCGGGGCCGCCGGCGGGGCGCGCGCCCGGCAGGGGCAGCCGCGGGGGAGGAGCGCCCGUUCGCGCGCCCAACGGACCAGGCUGCGGCCGUGAGGCGACGCAGCCGUCUCCCGUCCCGAGCCGUGCCUGAGGGGAAAGGGAAAAGGCGUCCGCGGCAGCCGGCCCUGGGAUACCGAGAAUCCCCUCUCGCCGCUCUCCACUGCGGGCAUGAGGCGGGCGCCGCCGCCCCUCAGCCCGCGCGCCGGGGAUCCGGGGCGGCGGCGGCGGCAGGCGCAGCCGUGACCGCUCUGCGAAGCUCGGGGCGCCCGGAACGGGGAGGGCACGGGGUCGGCGAGCGCCAGCGGCCUCCCCGGCGGCCCGGGGCUAUGAAGAGGAAGGACGAGCGGGCGGACGCGCCAGCCAUGAGGUCGCCGCCACCGCCGCCGCCGCCGCCGCCGCCGGCCGCGGUCGCAGCCGCCUCGCCCCCCGAGAGCCUGCGCAACGGCUACGUGAAGAGCUGCGUGAGCCCGCUGCGGCAGGACCCUCCGCGCAGCUUCUUCUUCCACCUCUGCCGCUUCUGCAACGUGGAGCCGCCGGCGGCCUCGCUCCGCGCCGGGGCACGCCUCUCGCUCGCCGCUCUGGCCGCCUUUGUCCUGGCCGCGCUGCUGGGCGCGGGGCCCGAGCGCUGGGCGGCCGCGGCGACCGGGCUUCGGACGCUGCUGAGCGCUUGCUCGCUCAGCCUCAGCCCGCUCUUCAGCAUCGCCUGUGCCUUCUUCUUCCUCACCUGCUUCCUGACGCGCGCGCAGCGCGGCCCGGGCCGCGGCGCCGGCUCCUGGUGGCUGCUGGCGCUGCCCGCCUGCUGCUACCUGGGCGACUUCGCGGCGUGGCAGUGGUGGUCGUGGCUGCGCGGGGAGCCGGCGGCGGCGGCGGCCGGCCGGCUCUGCCUGGUGCUGAGCUGCGUGGGGCUGCUGACGCUCGCGCCCCGCGUGAGGCUGCGGCACGGCGUCCUGGUGCUGCUCUUCGCCGGCCUGGUGUGGUGGGUGUCCUUCUCCGGCCUCGGGGCUCUGCCGCCCGCGCUCAGGCCUCUGCUGUCGUGCCUGGUCGGGGGCGCGGGAUGCCUGCUAGCCCUGGGCUUGGACCACUUCUUUCACGUCCGGGGAGCCUCACCUACCCAGCGCUCGGCGAGUGCCGCGGAUGAAAAAGUGCCUGUGAUCAGACCCCGGAGGAGGUCCAGCUGCGUGUCGCUGGGAGAAAGCGCGGCCGGUUACUAUGGCAGUGGCAAGAUGUUCAGGAGACCGUCGUUGCCUUGUAUUUCUCGAGAACAGAUGAUUCUCUGGGACUGGGACUUGAAGCAGUGGUGUAAACCUCAUUACCAGAAUUCUGGAGGUGGAAAUGGAGUUGAUCUUUCAGUGCUAAAUGAAGCUCGCAAUAUGGUGUCAGACCUUCUGAUUGACCCAAGCCUUCCCCCACAAGUCAUUUCUUCUCUGUGGAGUAUCAGUAGCUUGAUGGGUGCUUUCUCAGGUUCCUGUAGGCCAAAGAUUAAUUCUUUCACACCAUUUCCUGGAUUUUAUCCCUGUUCUGAAGUAGAAGAUCCAGUAGAGAAAGGCGAUCGAAAACUUCACAAGGGGUUGAGUAGUAAACCCAGUUUCCCAACUGCACAGCUGAGGAGGAGCUCAGGAGCGUCAGCAUUGCUGACCAGUGAGCACCACUCACGGUGGGAUCGCAGCAGUGGCAAAAGACCUUACCAAGAACUCAGUGUUUCAAGUCAUGGAUGCCACCUAAAUGGGCCUUUUAGUUCAAAUCUUAUGACAAUUCCAAAGCAGAGGUCAUCAUCUGUGUCGCUGACGCACCAUGCAGGUCUGAGAAGAGCUGGUGCUUUGCCCAGCCCCAGUCUUCUGAAUUCUUCAAGUCAUGUACCCGUGUCUGCUGGCUGUCUAACUAAUCGAUCACCCAUAGGAUUUCCUGAUACCAGUGAUUUUCUUACUAAGCCAAGUGUUACUUUACAUAGAUCACUGGGCAGUGUAUCCAGUGCAGCAGAUUUCCAUCAGUACCUUAGGAACUCUGACAGCAGUCUGUGUAGCAGCUGUGGACACCAAAUACUCAAGUAUGUUUCAACAUGUGAACCUGAUGGUACAGACCACCACAAUGAAAAAUCAGGUGAAGAAGACAGCACUGUGUUCUCAAAAGAACGAUUGAACAUUGUGGAAACUCAAGAAGAAGAGACAGUGAAGAAAGACUGCAGGGAAUUAUUUUUGGAAGGUGAUAAUCACCUAAUGGAAGAGGCCCAGCAACCAAAUAUUGACCAGGAAGUAUUAUUGGACCCGAUGUUAGUGGAAGAUUAUGAUUCAUUAAUAGAAAAGAUGAGCAACUGGAACUUUCAGAUUUUUGAGCUUGUAGAAAAAAUGGGAGAAAAAUCAGGAAGGAUUCUCAGUCAGGUUAUGUAUACUUUAUUUCAAGAUACUGGUUUAUUGGAAACAUUUAAAAUUCCCACUCAAGAAUUUAUGAAUUAUUUUCAUGCACUAGAAAAUGGCUACCGAGAUAUUCCAUAUCACAAUCGUGUGCAUGCCACAGAUGUCCUACAUGCUGUUUGGUAUUUGACAACACGACCAAUUCCUGGCUUACAGCAGCUCCAUAAUAACCAUGAAACAGAAACCAAAGCAGAUUCAGAUGCUAGACUUAGUUCUGGACAGAUUGCUUACCUUUCUUCGAAGAGUUGCUGUAUUCCAGAUAAGAGUUAUGGCUGCCUGUCUUCAAACAUUCCUGCAUUAGAACUGAUGGCUUUAUAUGUGGCAGCUGCCAUGCACGAUUAUGAUCACCCAGGAAGAACAAAUGCAUUCCUAGUGGCUACAAAUGCACCUCAGGCAGUUUUAUACAAUGACAGAUCUGUUCUAGAAAAUCAUCAUGCCGCAUCAGCGUGGAAUCUGUAUCUUUCUCGCCCAGAAUACAACUUCCUCCUUAACCUUGAUCACAUGGAAUUCAAGCGUUUUCGAUUUUUAGUCAUAGAAGCAAUCCUUGCUACAGAUCUCAAAAAACAUUUUGAUUUCCUUGCUGAAUUUAAUGCCAAGGCCAAUGAUGUAAAUAGUAACGGUAUAGAAUGGAGCAGUGAAAACGAUCGACUCUUAGUCUGCCAGGUGUGCAUCAAAUUAGCAGAUAUCAACGGCCCAGCAAAAGAUCGGGAUCUCCAUUUGAGAUGGACAGAAGGCAUUGUGAAUGAGUUUUAUGAGCAGGGAGAUGAAGAAGCAACCCUGGGUCUACCUAUUAGUCCCUUCAUGGAUCGUUCUUCUCCUCAACUAGCAAAACUCCAAGAAUCAUUUAUCACCCACAUUGUGGGUCCCCUGUGCAACUCCUAUGAUGCUGCUGGCUUGCUGCCUGGUCAGUGGAUAGAAGCGGAAGAGGGUGAUGAUACAGAAAGUGAUGAUGAUGAUGAUGAUGAUGAUGAUGAUGAUGAUGAUGAUGAUGAUGAUGAUGAGUUAGAUUCAGAUGAUGAAGAAACAGAAGACAAUCUAAAUCCUAAACCACAAAGAAGGAAAGGCAGGCGGCGAAUAUUUUGCCAACUAAUGCACCACCUCACUGAAAACCACAAGAUCUGGAAGGAAAUCAUAGAAGAGGAAGAAAAAUGUAAAGCUGAGGGGAACAAACUGCAGGUGGAUAAUGCCUCCUUACCUCAGGCAGAUGAGAUUCAGGUCAUUGAAGAAGCAGAUGAAGAGGAAGAACAAAUGUUUGAAUGAAAAGAAAACUCAUGCUGAAGAAGCCUGGGGUGCUCUUCCCAGGGUCGUUACCUAAUGCUCACCGUACUGAUUCUCAACUGACCAUUCCCAUGUGGACAGGCCUUAAUACUGUGAGGGGAUCCUUGCUACCCUGGUAGUUCUCACUCCUAAGCACUUUGAUUACAGACUAGAGACUGACCUUAGAGCUUUCUGCAGUUGAGUGAUGCUGCAGAGCCUUCUCCAAGCCUUCACUGGUGUGUAAAUAGUGUGUCAUAAUGCUGCUUUGCUGGGUAGUGAGCUCUCGUUUGUCAUGG